AGAAUGGUGUCAAGGGGAGCCCGUGAUAAGACGGAGAUGUGCCUGGCUAGGAAGAUGGGUGGAGACAACGUUGAGAAGUAAGCAAAGGCAGGGCCCAUGAGGCCCUCUUUUCCUGGUGGCCACACUCUCUGAACCCCAGAGGCAGGCCCAGAGGAGCUGCACUAUCCUGAACAAUUUUUGACAUAUGGUUUGCUCCCCCCUCCCCAUCUCUGGACAGAUAACCUUUUCACAUUCUCCUGUAAUUCCUUUGUGUCUAUAAUACACACAUACACUACCAAAGUUCUUGAGUUCUUGAGGAUAGAAAGCCUUGAUUCUUUUUCAAUUCUGAGGUCCCCCAACCUCUUUGUUCUCCCCAGGGCCCUGAAAUAAUAGGCUUCAAUAUGAAAAUGUGUUCAAUUGAAAUAAUGACAUGGCUUUAAGCAUGUUACUUCAGUUUCCUCUCCUGUAAAAUGGGGAUAAUCAUAGAUUGUGAUAAGGAAAUGAGAUAAAGGCUAAAAAAUGGAAAGUCCAGAUAACCUGGGCCGUGAUAGGUCACUGGUGUUCCUGCUAAGAGCUGGGAGCCCCCUGAGCUACUGUGAAAGGCUCUUUUCCUCCUUGAUCAGGGAACCCCCUAUUGACUCCGCUCAGGCCACCAUAGAGCCUCAGUUUCCUCCUCUGAGGGGAAUUAAUGGAGAAAGAGGGGCCUUACACCUGUCUUGGUAACCAGGGGGCAGAGGCUGCCACAAAUCCCUUCUGGCUGCGUGUCCCCUCAGCCCAAACUCUUGUUGCCAUGAGUUAUUUCAGUUAAACCAUUUUUAGCCUGUAGAAUGUUCUCUCUCUUGGUCUGCCUUGGCAGCCCCUGCUCCCACCCCACAACCCAGGCUUCGGAGCCCUAUCCCCACGUUGGAGUCCCAACAAAGGCAGGCCCCAGGGGACCAGCUGCCACCAAAUCCGAGAUAGGGCUUUCCAGAAGCGGCUGGCAGAGCCCCUGGGAGAUGGAAAGUGCCCAGGAAUCCGGAGACCUUCACUGGCAUCUGGGUUCCCCCGAGAACCUGCUUCCACUGGAGACAGAGAGCAGGGUGCCAUCUCAGCCACCUCGCUGUUCCCCCGUCCUCUUUUUUUCCCAGGCUGUGGAAGGCAAAGGGUUAAAUCCCAUAGAGCUGAUGCUCUGACUCCAGGCUAGAGGGGCCCGGGAAGCUGGGGUCACUUCCUGCUCUGUCCCAGUCACCCUGAACUGGUCCCCGGGUCCUCAGCCUGGGAUCACCCUUUGAGGAGGACCCCAGCGUCCUCGGCGUCUAGCCUGCCCCCCCGAGGUAGGGCAUUCAAGGGGUUAAGUCCCCUGGGGCUGAAUUCUGCCUUCCGGCCUUUCCCAGACCCCAGAGCCGGUUCCUGCAACACUGGGCAGUCCUGAGCUCUGGGAUGGAGCCUGAGGCGGCACUGUGGGGCCCAGAUCUGCAGGGUCCUGAGCAGAGCCCCAGCGAUGCUCACAGAGGUGCCGACAGUGGGAACGAAGAGGAGAGCCCUCAGCAGGAAAGUUCUGGGGAGGAUAUCAUCUUGGGAGAUCCAGCUCAGAGUCCAGAAUUCAAGGACCCAUCAGAGAUGCCCCUGGAGAGAGCCUCCCAGGAUCCCUCAGUCCCCCAGGAUUCCCCAACCCCACUGGGUGACUCCAACCCCUUGGACCAUCAGACCCCUCUGGAUACCCCUACCCCUGAAGUAGUACCCACCCCAUCUGACUGGACCAAGGCCUGUGAGGCCAGUUGGCAGUGGGGAACCCUGACCACAUGGAACAGCCCCUCAGUCCCAGCUAAUGAGCCCAGCCUGCGGGAGCUGGUGCAAGGCCGCCCAUCUGGGGCGGAGAAGCCCUACAUCUGCAACGAGUGCGGCAAGAGCUUCAGCCAGUGGUCCAAGUUGCUCCGGCACCAGCGCAUCCACACAGGUGAGCGGCCCAACACCUGCUCUGAGUGCGGCAAGAGCUUCACCCAGAGCUCGCAUCUGGUGCAGCACCAGCGCACGCACACUGGCGAGAAGCCCUACAAGUGCCCCGACUGUGGCAAGUGCUUCAGCUGGAGCUCCAACCUGGUGCAGCACCAGCGCACGCACACAGGCGAGAAGCCCUACAAGUGCACUGAGUGCGAGAAGGCCUUCACCCAGAGCACCAACCUCAUCAAGCACCAGCGCUCGCACACAGGCGAGAAGCCGUACAAGUGCGGUGAGUGCCGGCGGGCCUUCUACCGCAGCUCGGACCUCAUCCAGCACCAGGCCACGCACACGGGUGAGAAGCCCUACAAGUGCCCCGAGUGCGGCAAGCGCUUCGGCCAGAACCACAACCUCCUCAAGCACCAGAAGAUCCACGCUGGUGAGAAGCCGUACCGCUGCACUGAGUGCGGCAAGAGCUUUAUCCAGAGCUCAGAGCUGACCCAGCACCAGCGCACGCACACCGGCGAGAAGCCCUACGAGUGCCUGGAGUGUGGCAAGAGCUUCGGCCACAGCUCCACCCUCAUCAAGCACCAGCGGACUCAUCUGCGCGAAGACCCCUUCAAGUGUCCGGUGUGUGGCAAGACCUUCACACUGAGCGCCACGCUGCUGCGGCACCAGCGCACGCACACUGGGGAGCGGCCCUACAAGUGCCCCGAGUGUGGUAAGAGCUUCAGUGUCAGCUCCAACCUCAUCAACCACCAGCGCAUCCACCGCGGCGAACGGCCCUACAUCUGUGCCGACUGCGGCAAGAGCUUCAUCAUGAGCUCCACCCUCAUCCGCCACCAGCGCAUCCACACAGGUGAGAAGCCCUACAAGUGUUCCGACUGCGGAAAGAGCUUCAUCCGCAGCUCCCACCUGAUCCAGCACCGGCGCACCCACACGGGCGAGAAGCCCUACAAGUGUCCGGAGUGUGGCAAGAGCUUCAGCCAGAGUUCAAACCUCAUCACCCAUGUGCGCACCCACAUGGAUGAGAACCUCUUCGUGUGUGCCGACUGCGGGAAGGCCUUCCUGGAGGCGCACGAGCUGGAACAGCACCGAGUGGUCCACGAGAGGGGGAAGACCCCAGCCCGAAGAGCUCAGGGUGACACCCUACUGGGGCUCGGGGACCCUGCCCUGCUGACCCCACCUCCCGGAGCCAAACCACAUAAGUGUCUUGUCUGUGGAAAAGGAUUCAAUGAUGAGGGCAUUUUCAUGCAGCACCAGAGGAUCCAUAUUGGAGAAAACCCCUACAAAAAUGCAGAUGGCCUCAUCGCAAACCCAGCCCCCAAGCCGCCUCAGUUCCGACCUCCGAGGCUCCCUUUUGGAGGGAAUUCCUAUCCAGGUGCUGCAGAGGGCAGAGCUGACCCUCCUGGACAGUCCUUUAAGAUGCCUGAUGGACAGGAGUGCUUCAGCCAGAGGCUAGGCCUGCUCUCCUCCAAGUCCUACAUUUGUUCCCACUGCGGAGAAAGCUUUCUGGAUCGUGCUGUGCUCCUCCAACAUCAGCUCACCCAUGGCAAUGAAAAGCCCUUUCUCUUUCCUGAUUAUAGGAUUGGCCUAGGGGAAGGGGCUGGUCCCAGUCGCUUUCUAAGUGGGAAGCCCUUUAAAUGCCCUGAAUGCAAAAAAAGCUUUGGCCUCAGCUCUGAGCUGCUGCUGCACCAGAAAGUCCAUGCAGGUGGGAAACCCCCGAAGAGUCCAGAGCUGGGGAAGAGUUCUUCUGUCCUCCUGGAGCACCUCAGGAGCCCCCUGGGGGCCAGACCUUACAGAUGCUCAGAUUGUGGGUCCUGCUUCCUUGAUUGCCUGGCCCUCACCCAGCACCAGGAGACCCACACCCCAAAAAAGUCCCCUGGACCCGAGGACCCCCUUCCAGAGCCAGCCACGCAGUCCACAAACCAGGAAGAUGAGGGAGAGGCCCCAACCCUAAAAGGAAGCAGCAGCCACCAGGAAGGGGAAGGGGAAAACCCCAAAACCCUCUUGGAAAAAAAACCCUAUUUGUGCCCUGAGUGUGGAAAUGGCUUCAAAGAAGUCGCAGCCCUCCUCCUCCAUAGGAGCUGCCACCCAGGGGUCACCCUGUGAAAUGGGUCUGGAGACCAGGAGCCUCUCUCUAAUUGAGAGGAACACUGGAUCUCCCCUAAAAUUACAUGGGGAAAGGAGGAAAACCCUAUCAGAUUGUAGAGAUGUGGAGGAUAAAGAACCCUGGGUAAAAAUAGUGCUUUUACGUCAGUGAUGAGAAACCUUAUAAAAUUGUUGGUGGGAACCACUUAUAAGGCAGUAGAGAAAAACUGUUGGGUUAGAAACCUUAUAAAUAUGUAGGAAAAAAAAAGCCCUUUAAGUCUAGCAGAAAAAAACCUAUAAACCGUAGUGGAUAAAAGCCCUAUUAAUUGUAGGAAGAGGUCCCAAUGUGUCUCUAGACAACCCUAUAAAACUGUAUUGAAAUCCUUGUGAAACUGUAGGGUCAGGGAAGUGCAGGGAGUAUGAUGGCCUUGACUUGGGAGGAGUGACCCUCAGAAGGUAUAGAAGAGCCUCCUGUGGACUUGUCCCAGCGUUCUCUCCCACUGGAUGAUGGGGGAGCCUCUCUCCCAGAAGCCUUGGACAAUGACACUGAGGAAAAUGCUCAGCUGGGGAGUAGUGUGGGAAUUGGGAGGCACUGGAAAAGGGAAGAAAACAGGAGAAAACUAAGUGCUGAGGAGCACUCAGAUCCACAGAAGGGAAACAACCCAGGAGCUAGGAGGAGAAAGUCCGGCUCCUUGCACUGGGAGUCCCUUGGGGUAUGAAGCCAAUCUUAAAUGUGUGUUAGAGGAAGAGGCCCAUGGAAUUCCUUAUCAGAAAGAGCCCAAAUAUGGGGAAGGAGAAAAAAUGAUGGCAAGCCUUUUUAAAAGCUGAGGUUUGGGGUGCAUAGAAAUUUUAAGAAUACUGGGAAAUUACCACACAAAUUAGGGGGAUUUCUGUUAGAGUUCUUUGAGGAAAGCAAACUAAGGUGGAGAAGCUGUGUUCAGAUGGAACCCAGCAAACUGGCUGCCUCAACCUCCCUGUUUCUGGGAGCUUGUUAAACUUCAAGUACAAGCAGAUUGCAGCUCAGACCACUAGGGCUCUUCCCCAGCCAGGUAGGACCACCCUUUCCCCAGCCCAGCUGGGGCCUUGUACUCUGAGAGACCUCCAGGGAUGGAGGGUCCCUCCUGCCACAUUCUCAGGUCUCACUGUCAGGAAGCUUCUCCUGACAUCUAACUGCCACCAGUCGUGCUGCAGUGGCAGCCCAUUUCCUCUAUCCUCAGUGGAGAGGGAGAAUUGCUGCUAGUCGACCUCCAAAGAAUAAAGCCCUUCAGAGAUUCAAGGCCUGUGUGUGGUUAAAUCCUCCCUAGACUUCUCUUCUCCAAGUCAACAAGAGCCAGUUGUGGGUUCUCUGUGGCAACAAAGAACAGCAAGUCGACAGGACAGAGAGCUUUGAUUAGCCAGCAAUAUGCUUUUAAACCUCUCAUCUGAGCUGUUGGCAAGGCUGCUGGCAGGCUGAGCCAGCUUGCAUGUAGCAGUGGGUGUCCCAACACCCCACAGACUGCACCACAGGUCCCCGGAGACUAUAUGGAGGCCUGACCACCUUCCUCACCCUGGUACCCGGAGCCCUCUGAGGUUGUGACAACCCCAUCCAAUCACAGUCUUGGGAAGGGAUUCAUUUCACCCACUUGGCUCCUCUCCUUAGCCAGAAACCUUCAGAGGGAAAUGGAAGGAUGAGAAACACUCCCGGCCAGGCCUGUCUCCUGUCCUCACACAUCACACACAAUUACCCGCAUUAAACCCAGCCAAAGCUGCUGACGUGAAUGGGUGUGUGUGGCAAGGGAGACUGUUGCCCUGUGAAAUGGUUGAAGAGAGAAAUCUCUUGAAACAUCUGAAACAGAACCCUACCCCCUAGCCCUAGAGACCCUUAAAUAAGGAGAGGGCUCUGUCCUGUGCUGGGCCCAGAGGAAGUGCCACUGACACACUGGGACCAGUGGUCUGCAGUAAGAACUGAGAUACCAGGUGAGGUGGCCCUUCAGGAGUCGCAUCCCUGAAGAGGUGACCCGAAUUUCUACACAGCUGUGGAAGAGACAUCUAAUUCCAUUAUGUUAAUGUUUAAAAGGUGAAAGUCUUCACCCUUCAUUUCUCUUGCCCCCAAAGGGAUAACCCUCAAAUUCAAGGAUCAAAAUCUAGAAUAUUGUAGGAGGAAAAACCCAGGUCUGCUGGGGAUAAGGAAAAGAAAGGCCUUGUCUGUGGGGAGAUCCUUGGUAACAUCUGCAUAAAGUCCCAACCCACCCAAGUGCCAGGCUUGAAAGCACUGCUGAGAGGCAAGGAGCCUGCUGAAUCUCUGCUGACAGAAGCAUCAACAAAGGGGGUGUCCCUGCGACUGAGGAAAAAGGAGACAAUCCUCCAAGCAAAGCAGAUUUUUUUCCCCCUCUAAGAUGGUAGCAGAAAGAAACUUCAGUUGUAGAAACAAACCCCUUGUAAAGCUAGCAGCAGAUCCCCUUGGAAAUAAGGCUGAGAUCUGUCUCCAGAAGAGCCCUGGGGAGCAGUCUUUUGGGCUCAGUGGACAGUCCGGGGGGAAGUGGUCAGUGUGGUCAAUGGCCAACUGCAGGCCUCUUGAGGACUAGGGUGUAGCAUACAUAGGAUACUCGUGUGUUGUAGGCAUGGGUGAGGGCCAGGAUUGUCAGUUCUGGUACUGAUGGAUCAUGUGGACACUUCUUAGUUGGGGUCUGGGGUCUCAUAGCAGGAAAGGGGCAGAAUCAGAGAAUCUGGAGGUGUGGCCUGCUUUCUCUUGCCCUCAAACUCCCUUUAGCCAAGUGCUUCCCUCCCAGAGCGAGCUACAUCUUAGGAGGAACUAAGCAGGCUAGGGGAGGUGGCAGUGUCCAGUCCCUCUCAUCAACUGAGCCAGAGACCCAGGGGUUGCAGCACUUGUCCACCAGAACUGAGUCUGGAAGGCACAGUUGUUGCCAAACCCUCUUAUCCAACUCCAUGCAGGCCUGACUCCAGAAGUACCCCAAUGGAGGGGCCCAACAGACAAGGUCACAGUCAUUGGUGAAAGCAGAGGGGAGAGUAGAAUCUGAUCCUGAGCUUUGGGUGAAACUUGAAACUGCUAUGGAUAUGGAGAUCAGACAGCAACUUGAAUGAACUGGGAAUGAAUCCUGAAUGAUGGGGAAACUUAAAACCAUCACAACCAAGAGGUGGGGUUCUAUGACAGCUGCCCCUGAGGUGAGCAGCCCCCAGACUCCUUUGCACCCAUUAAGUCCCCUCACCUGACUUGUCCCCCUGGAGUGAAAAGUGGCCCCAUUUUAGAGUGUUGUGUGUCAGUAACAGCGUUGUGUCACCUUUGGUCAUGUUGAUUAGUUGAAGAGAAUAAAGGGAAUAAGAUUUCCUGGG